ACCUGAUAAAGUCACGUAAUUUCUCCAACGUCACUUUAGUUUGCCAAAAAUGUAUUCACUCACUGUGGCGUUUCUCUUUGCUUCAGUGUCCAGCAGCCGUAUUUUAGUCAUCAUACCAACCCCUUUCUACAGCCACCAGAGUGUGUUCCAACCCCUAUGGCUCGAACUGGCCCAAAAAGGCCACCAAGUGACUGCAGUCACUGCAAACCCUCUCAAAACCCACCUCCCCAACCUCAAACAAAUCGACCUAAGUUUCACCUACAAGUUGGUGUACGAAGACCACAAAAUGCAGCACGUGAUCAACACCGAAAGCAAUCUCCUCACACUGAUGAGACACGUGUUUGUGGUCAUGAACAACAUCACCACCGAGCAGCUGAACCAUCCCCAAGUGCAAGAGUUGAUCAAAAGUGACCAAGAGUUUGAUUUAAUGAUUGUGGAAGUGCACAUUCCGGCGUGGUUUGGCUUCGCGCGCAAAUUCAAGUGCCCGGUGAUUGGCGUGACGUCGAUGGACGCCACCAAUCACGUCAAGCGAAUGGUGGGCAACUUGAACCACCCUGUAUACACGCACCAUGUUAAUUUGCCGUUUGGAGACGGUUUGAAUUUUUGGCAGCGAGUUGUUUGCGUCCUUUUCGAGUUAUUGGACGAGUUUCAAACUAGUUAUUUGUUGUACCCUAUCCAGGAGAAAAUAAUAAAGAACGCACUGAACGAUCCCGAAAUAAAUCUUUCCGAAAUCGUCAAAAAUCUCACUCUGGUGUUCACCAACAUUAUCCCAGGCUUCAAUAAAGUAACGACAAACCUUCCAUCGGUUGUACAACUCAACGGGUUACAGAUUAAACCCCCACAAGUGUUACCACUCGAACUGGGCCAGUUUUUGGAUGGGGCGGCUCAAGGAGUGAUUUAUUUUAGUUUGGGGUCGAAUGUUAAAAGUUAUUUGAUUUCGGAGGACUUGCAACAACUCCUCUUGCAAGUUUUUCGUGACUUGCCGUUCAGAAUUGUUUGGAAGUUUGAGGAUGAAGUCGCGAAUUUGCCCCAAAAUGUGAAAGUGGUGACUUGGGCCCCGCAACAAGAUAUUUUGAGGCACAAAAACACGAAACUUUUUGUUACACAAGGAGGGAUUCAGUCAAUUGAGGAAGCGAUUCGUUUCAAGGUGCCGCUGUUAGGGUUUCCGUUUUUCGGGGACCAGUUUUAUAAUGUUAUGAGGGUUAAAAAAUUAGGGAUAGGGACGUGGCUCGAUUUUAAAACUUUGGAUAAGGAGGGACUUAAAACUUCGAUUUUGGAAUGUAUUAACAAUCAAACGUAUUUAGCAAAUCUUGAAGAAAUUGCUGAUUUGCUUGAUGAUCCUCUAACUUCAUUAAAUAGAGCCGUUUGGUGGAUUGAGUUUGUUUUGAGACAUCGUGGGGCCCAACAUUUGCGAAGUCCGUUAGCUGAUGUUCCGUUCUACCAGUAUUACCUUUUCGAUGUUGUAUUUUUUCUCGUAUUUAUUGUUUUUUUAACCAGUUUUGUACUUUUAAAACUGAUGCGGCGUAAAGUCGGUUAUAAGAAGCUCAAAGUACAAUAAAUGUUAGUUAUAAAA